AUGGUCGAGCUCAGAGUCUCAAGAAUUACUGCUGAUUUUGCUGUCUUAGCAUUAUGUGCUAUACCAUUAUUAAUAUUUCACAAAUGGGUUGAACCGUACAAACGUGGAUUUUAUUGCGAUGACGAAUCAAUUCGUUAUCCGUAUCGACCAUCUACCGUUUCUCGACAAAUGCUUAUUGUAAUUGGUCUCGUUGUACCUGCAAUUCUUAUUAUAUUAACGGAAACAUUUCGUGUAUUAAUAUGGGAACGGAAAUGUAAAAAUGAAUUUCAACAUUAUCGGUGUAAACGGUACGUGAUACCACGUCUUGUUGUUCGUCUUUACGUUUUCUUUGGAUAUUUCCUUAUUGGUGUCAUUUUCAAUCAGUUAAUGGUCGAUAUAGCGAAAUACACCAUUGGACGCCACAGGCCUCAUUUUAUAGCAGUUUGCAAACCAAAGGGUUUUGAAACAUGUCCGAUUAAUUCGCAUGAAUAUAUCACAGAUUUUGAAUGUACUGGUACAGAUAAAUAUCUUAUUCAUGAAUCUAUGCUUUCAUUUUAUUCCGGUCAUUCUGCUUUCAGUUUUUAUGCAGCAUGGUAUACAGCACUUUACUUGCAAGCUCGACUCUAUCGACCAUUAUUUAGUCGUUUACUUUUACCUGUAAUUCAAUUUGCCUUAUUUGGUGGCGCUGCAUUUGUGGCAUAUACUCGAGUUAGCAAUUAUAAGCAUCAUUGGUCGGAUGUAUUAGUUGGCUCAUUAUUUGGUUCUGCAAUUGGCAUCGUUGUGGCAUUAUUUGUUGCUGAAGUAUUUUCGCGUCGUGAGAUACCAUCAUGUGAUGUUCAUUAUUGUAAGCGUGAAUUUGGCUUAGCAUCAGAAUUAGAACGAGUUGCUCCAUUGUCAGAUGUGGAAACUGGAAUGAGUAAUGUUGUACGAAGUGAUGGAUCAGGUAGUGGUACACAGUUUAUCACUUCUCACAACAUUACAUUAACUGGUAUGAUGGCAUCAAAUAUCAAUGAAGUUAGAAAUAAUCAAAUGGGACAAUUACCUCGACAAACAUCACGAAAUCAGAGAUUUCCCACAUCCAUAUCACUACAAUCGAUAUCAAUGACCGGUUCGUAUUAUUCGGCUUUUACAAAUUUGGAUUCAUUAAUUUCAACAACAAAUUCUGCAUCAUGCGACAAUUACAGUGCACUGUCACAUCCAUCUGUGUCAUUCGAAAUGAUCUAG